AUGUAUCUCAUGUCGUCUCCCGCUGGGAAGUCUCUCCUCACCCGCAACACCCCCGAAUCACCGCAAACACCCUCUGCUGCACGGUUUCAAAGAGUCCGACACGAACAUGUUUGCCAAACAGCGUCACAUACGCACUGUAUCCUGCGCUUGUACUUGAGCGCCCGUUCCGCGAUCCCAGGGCCACCACUUCCUUGCCGUCUCGCGGCUGAGUCGCAGCGAUCCUACGGCUCGAGAACCAUCGCUAUUGGAGGCCAGCAUGCCAGGGAAGACGCCCACAUUCGAGAUCAUAAGCAUGAUCUUGAGCUGCAUGCUACCUUUGCCGAUCUCACGGCGGGCGAGGUUCUGAAAAAGGCCAAGCGAGAAGAUGGAAGGCACAAAGUUCUUCGUACCGCUCUUUCCAGUGAAAGAAAAUUGAACUCCAAUCUACACGACACCAUCCGUGAGGGUACUUCCAAAUUCUUCGAAGAACAACGCGAGCGUGUCGUUUCCAUCUUCAACGACUGUCUCAAAGGCGCCAAAGGCAUCAACGUCGCUUUGGCUGACGCUCGCCAAAACGAGAUCCGGAGUCUCAAGCAAGCAUUACAAGAGUGCAGACAGUGUCGAACACAAACUGAACAAGCUCGAGCAGGCGGGUGUGAAUGCUGA